UGUCCCAUUGUUACUCAAUCACGUUGUAGUGUAGGUCAGUCGUAAGCUUGAUUUUCCAGUUUGAUGAGUUGCGAUGCCAAACUGGGCUGGCAUCAUUUAAGACAUUUACUGUAACUGCUUUAGGGCUCAUUCCAUCUCCAUGCCAGUGAAACAACACUGAAUGCAAAAUGCGAUACAAUCUUGUGAUACACCUGGCCUUGUUGUUGCAUAUUUUGUUUGAAACAGUUCAUGGACAUUAUGGCUUCAUCCUAAUUCUCUGUCGUGUACAUGAUUCUCUACAAAAUGUUGAGCUCAUUUACUCAAUAUAUUAUGACAAAACUGAAUUGCUGAGAUUUAACAGUACUGAAAAUAAAGUUGUUGCUUACACUGAAUAUGCGAUGAAAUGGGCGGAUGAUUUUAAUAAAAAACCUGAGUGGCUACAUAAGGAGGCAGAGAAAAACAUUGCAGACUGCAAGCACUUUGGGCAAUUCCUCCCUAUUUUAGAAAAAACAGUAAAACCAGAAGUCAUUGUCCGGUCAGUAAGGCAGGCAAGUGGUAAAAGUCCAGCCAUGUUGAUCUGCAGUGCCUAUGACUUCUACCCCAAACCCAUCAAACUGACGUGGAUGAGAGAUGAUAAAGAAAUGACAGCUGAUGUGACCUCCACUGAGGAGCUGGCUGAUGGAGACUGGUACUACCAGAUUCACUCCCACCUGGAAUACUUUCCCAAACCUGGAGAGAAGAUCUCCUGUGUGGUGGAGCACUCCAGCUCUCAUAGACCCAUGAUCUAUCACUGGGAUUCAUCUCUGUCAGAGUCUGACAGAAAUAAGAUGAUAAUUGGUGCUGCAGGGGUGGUUUUGGGGGUGAUUAUGGCAGCAGGAGGACUGAUCUACUACAAAAGAAAACACACAGCACACGUCAUAUAAGCUGGAAGUCAAUACAUUAGAUGUUCUGCACCUCUGCCAGCACUUAAGAGUGAACAUUUAGUAACAGACUAUCUAUCAACUUAUGAAAGACAUUAACCUUCCAUAAGAUCUUCAGAGACACUAAACACAACCAGUUCAACUGCAAUGCUGGUGUACACAACUGUUUUAUUGAUUGAUCAAAGAGAUCAAUCUCUUGAUGAUCAAUGAUCUCCUCUGUGGUUUGUUCUAUAAUUGCACUUUUUUUUCAAUUGAAUCCAUGUUUUAUGUUGAUUCAUCAUCUGUCUACAACCUAGAGUGUAUGACAUCUCAGUGAAGAUAAAUAUAUGUUUAUGGGUAAUCUCAAUUAGAUAUUUAUAUUAUGGAUAAAAAGCACAGUGGCUCUAUUUUAAAUCUUUUUAAAAGUGCACCACCAAUGACAGCUGGGGGAAAAAAUCUGUAAAUCAGGUUACAUGUAAAUUCUAAAUACAUAUUCUGAAUGUACUAUUUGUAAUAUUUAACAAUGUUUUAACUGCAAGAUGAUGAAAAUGAUAAUGGUUUUUGGUUUCAUUUGAACUUACAAACAUUACAUUAAUCGGACAUUAGAUAUAUGAUGGUAAGUUGAUGUUAAGACUGAUAGACACAAUAGAAUAGCCAAGUUUAUAAGAAGCAUGAGGAAGUUUGGCAGAAUAAAUUCCUGAUCUCUGUAAUGCAUACAGUCCUCUUAUGUAUUCUCUCCCCAGAAAAAGGAAGUAAAAUAAAUAAAUAAAUAAAAAUAAAGAAGCACAGAAAUGUAAUGGUAGGCUACAGUUAGAUCAUAUCUUAUAUAAAAGUUAAUAAAUAUUUUUGGAAAUAUAAAUACAAUAAAUAUAUUUGCAAAUAUUAUUUGGAAGAAUACACAACAUGUCAGCAGGACUAGGCCUAACUGCUGCUACGAACCUGCCAAACCAUCACACUGUGGUGAUCAGUUGUUAUUCCUAUUAUUGUCCUGUAGAAGGCAGCAGUAUACCUAAGAUACCUAAGAAUAUGGAGGUCGAAAAAGCGAGUGAUUAAGCAAAGCACAUGUUAAAGUGGAGUGCUCAAGGAAUAAAGGUUAAAUAAUAAAGUUUUUUUUUUUUUUGUUC